AUGACGUCCUCCACUGGAACCAUACUUGUGACCGGCGCCAACGGGUACAUAGCGAGUCAUGUUGUCAAAGUACUACUUGACAAUGGGUACAACGUUCGCGGCACGGUGCGUUCAGACAAGGCAGCUGCACAACUGCGCGAAACCUUUCCAGGCUUUAUCGACAAACACCUAAGCAUCGCCUUUGUCGCGGAUCUGAGCAAUUCGGAUGAGUUUGCGAAUGUCAUUGAUAGCAGUAUCGUUGGUGUAGUUCAUACAGCAAGCCCCGCCGCAUAUCCUGUCGAAGACAUUGUGGGGGAAAUUCUGGAGCCAGCAAUCAGGAGCUCGGUUGGCGUUCUUGAUGCAGUGAAGAGAUUCGCGGACCUACAGCGCUUCAAACGGGUUGUUCACCUGAGCUCAUUGGCAGCUAUGCUAGAUCAUUCAAAGGGAAAAAGACCAGGAUACGUGUACUCGGAGGAUGAUUGGAAUCCAGUGACGUGGGAGCAAGCAAAGGGGAUGCCGAAUUAUCUGGACGCGUACGAGGCGUCGAAGGCUCUGUCUGAGCGGGCGGUAUGGAAGUGGAUGGAAGGAAAUCAGCCCUGGUUUGACAUUACAUGCUUGUGUCCCUCCCUUGUUCUGGGGCCGCAUGUCGAGAGAAUCGACAGACUAUCAGAAGUUCGGUCUACGUUACGGUUCCUCUGGAUGUCAUUGAUUGGAUCUGACAGGAUCCCAUCCCUUGAUUACGGCGGCUUCACCGACGUGCGAGAUCUAGCUUCCAUGAUGGUCGUAGCUCUCGAAGCGCCCGCUGUCUCUGGCAAAAGAUUCUUGGUUGCACGUCACUUUGAUUGGCAGACUGCUGCGGAUAUACUCAGGGCUCAUUUUCCUGCAUUGAGGGACCGCAUCCCGGAGGGCAUGCCAGGAACAGGUGUUGAAAGUGCUGGAAGCAGUAUCUACUCUGUGGACGGGCAACGAAUCGUAGAAGUCACUCAGAUAUCGUAUCGUCCAAUGAGUGAGACACUCGUAGAUAGCACGAGGCAGCUUUUGGACAUUGAGUCGCGAGAACAGUCUAAUUAG